CAUGCCUUGAUAUGGAAAGCCCCAUUAACUCACUUCUGUAAACAGUAGAGAGAGAAAGAAAGAGAGAGAGAGAGGUUGGAGUUCAUACCUAUGGAUAAUUGUGGAAGUGUGUAUCAGGAAGUUCUUCAGGGACUUCUUCAGGAUAAGCUUUCGAUAGACAGCCCGGGUGAUCAGGGCGAAGUCAAUUCGAUUCCCCUGAUCCUAUCGAAUAACACGACACAAACAAACCUGCCUGUUUCAUCCAGAGAGAAUAGAGCUGCAGUUCUGAUAUGCAUUUUCUGCGGACAGGAUGGUGAGCUCCGAGUAAUUCUCAACAGGAGAUCCAUGAAACUGUCGUCUCAUCCAGGUGAUGUGGCUUUGCCUGGUGGGAAGAUGGAUGAAGGCGAUGCUGAUGACACUGCAACAGCUCUAAGAGAAGCAAUGGAGGAAAUUGGACUAGAACCAAGUCUUGUCCGGGUCGUGGCCAACUUAGAACCAUUUAUUUCAUCGAAUUUACUGAGGGUAGUACCAGUGAUAGCCAUAUUACCCAGAGUUGACGACUUCAAGCCUGUACUCAAUGAAGAUGAAGUCGAUGCCAUCUUUGACGCCCCAUUGGCCAUGUUCCUCGAGGAAGAUGGAAGAUAUAGAUGCAUAGAAAAAGAGUGGGGAGGAUGGAAAUAUGCAUGCCAUAUAUUCGACAUUGAAACAGAGCAAGGGAAUUUCAUGGUGGGAGGAUUAACAGCUAGCAUUCUAAUUCAAGCAGCUACCAUCAUCUACAAAAGGUCUCCAUCGUUUGACCAGACCCUACGGGACUUCAGUCAGUUACAAUGGGCUUUAUCUACUGUCAAAUAA